AGGAGUGACACUUGACACGUCGUGCAGUCAACCCGCCACCACCACACACCAUGAAGUUGAUUUUGUCUUUGGUGGGAGUCGCCCUUUUGGCCUCUUUAAGCCACGCUGAUGGGCACGGAGGAGGUGGACAUGGCGGUGGUGGACACGGAGGUGGUGGACACGGAGGUGGUGGACACGGAGGUGGAGGCUACGGAGGUGGUGGACACGGAGGUGGAGGCUACGGAGGUGGUGGACACGGAGGUGGAGGCUACGGAGGUGGUGGACACGGAGGUGGAGGCUACGGAGGUGGUGGACACGGAGGUGGAGGCUACGGAGGUGUCGGUGGAACAUCAAGCAACAACUUCAACCUUGCGGGUCCCAAAGGUGGUGGUGGUGGCUAUGGCGGCGGCGGACAUGGUGGUGGUGGCGGCUAUGGCGGCGGCGGACAUGGUGGUGGUGGCGGACACGGCGGUGGCGGCUAUGGUGGCGGCGGUGGACACGGCGGUGGCGGGGGUGGCUACGGAGGCGGCGGACAUGGCGGUGGUGGACACGGAGGUGGAUAUGGGAAGUAAUCAACAAGCUAAAUAUCGACGAAUAAUAAUGAAAAAUGAAUAACAAUUCCUUUAUUCCCAUCACCUUCACGGCGCGGCUCCUUUGUUUACCUUAUCAUUUAAUAAUUAUUUUUGUAAUUUGAAAUAAAAUGUAUUAAAAUAA